UGAACGGGACAAAAAAGAAGAUGAAAAGGCGUUGAAACGUCACGGCUUAGUUGUUCCGUUUUCUUUCCGGUCAUUAUAGUAAAUCAUCGGGUCGUACGUUCUCAAUUUGCCGAUUAAAAAUGAAGCAGCCGGUUUAUACGGAAUGGAUGAGUGACACAGCAUUCGUCCUGACCGCUACAAGCGCUGGACCGAAUCCAGUUCACGCCGUAUACUCUAGUUUCUUUAGAUUUGGGUGUACUUGACCCAAUCAGUUGUCUUUAGCUCUAGAAGGUUAAAAGCAUAUAAAUACGUCAGUGUCAGUGUUAACGCGGUCAGACCAGCCUCAUCUUCAGCACAAGAUGGUCAUCGAAAAACGGGACGGUUAUCGGCGGCGCCAAGGUUUGGUGCUUGGUUUUCUAGUUUUCUACUUUGUGGCUUUACAAUGUGAGAAUGCCAACGCUUUCAGAUUAUCCAGGAAUCCAUUGUUCAAUGGAAUGUUAAAUCGUAGAAACGCAAUUCCAGCCACGAAUAUCGCCAACUUGCACCACAACCAGUUGUUUAAAAAUAAUUUCAAUCAACACCAGUUCUAUACUCAGCAACAGCAGCAGCAAGAACCGGCAGUGGCAGCUUCUUCAACAUCAGUAGUCACAACAAAUAGCUUAAACACCAAUCACGUCGAUCCUUAUGUAAGCGGAUCCAACCCCGUUGACAAGGAAGUUGCCGAAAAUCCCGACUUGGACCAGAUUGCAGCUGACGCUCAAGUUGAACAAAAGUCAGCCAACUUGGUGGCCGCAGCAUCAUCCACAAGCUAUAGUUCCACUGUUGGUGGAGCAGGAGCUUAUGGGGCAGGUUCCGGAAGUAGUUCGCUUGGAAGCUAUGGAGGAAUAUCAGCUGGAUCGGGCUAUGGGGGAAUAUCAGCUGGAUCGGGCUAUGGGGGAAUAUCAGCUGGAUCGGGCUAUGGGGGUGGGUCGAUCGGAAGCUACGGAGAUACCGGAGGAGCUAGUUAUGGAUCAAGCGGAAGCUAUGGAGGAAGUUCCAUCGGAUCAGGUUCAAGUUAUGGUGGUUUUAGCGGUGGAAGCAGUUACGGAUCGGGAUUAGGUGGUAGCAGUUAUGGAAUUGGCGGCAGUACCGGUCUCAGCGGAAGCCAUUCAUCUUACGGAGGCGGAGGAGGGGGAUACGGAACGUCAGCUCCAUCCUAUUCAAUAACCUACCCAGCUCAACAAGGGGCGACAAAAGCGGAUACUAUUCAUCUGCUAAGUUCUCUUGCACCUUCGCUGCUUCUCAGUUCUUUGUUACUUCCCCUGGCUUUGGCUUUAUUAACUAACACCACCAGUUCACUUUAUGGAAGAAAGAGGCGUGACCUCAGUGACGACUACGAUGACGAUUUACAGUUUUCACUCAACGGAGACAUUUUAGAUGGCGACAUUACCUUACUAGACACCCAUUUCUUUCCAACAAUGGAUGCUAUGCUAGAGUCUUAUUCGCCGGACGAUACCGAAAGACUAGCCGAAUUUGUACGCCACCGAGGACUACUUAACAUUAACAAUCCUUGCUUAGAAAAACUGGCAUGUCUGGCUACCGCGACUAAAAGCAAAUUUAAACGAUACGACAGUCUGAAAAAGGCUAUAACACUGCUGGAAAAAUCCACUGAUCCAGACAUAAAGAAACGUUUGAAAAAAGGAUCUUCUGUUGGUGCAAAAAAAGAACGCAACUGCUUGACUAAAUUCAUUUGCAAGAGUAUGAAAUCAGCUGUGUCACCUUAAUCGGAGGUUCUGAUUCUCUUCGCAAAUAUUUAUUGAUCCCCGCUAAUUCAUUGAAUUUAAUUAAACUUAAUUUUGAACAUAAACACAAUACAAUUAUUGACUAUCAAUUUA